UCAGUGUUGAUAUCAUUUUUUUGUAAACCGAAGUAAAUUACGCUAAAUUCUCAGUAAAAUUAACCAGUCAGCAUGAAUCGUAUGGACGACGACGUGGUACUGUCCCCAUCUUACUUUUGGGACUGCGUGACAUUCAGCAAGGACUGCCCUUUUCUGUCCAAUAUAGACCCGAAGUUGUACUACUUUGGCAUAGGCCUCCUCAUCCUCUACGGGACGUUCCUACUCGUGAUUCUUGCUGACUUGAAGUUCUACUGGUCUCUGGACAACUUCCAGCGCCAGAUCGAUUACUACAUAAAUCUAGUGAGGAAGAAAGUACGGCACGUGCAAAUGGACCAGCGAAGGUUGGUCAGCACUCAGGAGAGAACCGAGAAAUUGUUGAAAAGAAGUGAGCAAUGCAAGCGCAUGGUGACUGCUCUUAGAGGCGCGUUACACGAAGACGAUUCCCGAUAUCUGUCGAUACUCACGAGCACUGACGACCCGAAUAUAUCGGGCACAGGGGAGUUAUGGAGUGAGGAUCGCAGUGUCAUCGAUUUUUAGGAGCUUACAUGUUAGAAAAACAUAACUAGUUAUUGAUAAACAUUUGGACAACAAUGUGUAUUCUUUUCUCACGGUUUGUAUUUCCUCGUUCUUAGUGGGAGCGUGACGCGCCGUUGUUUGCUGAAGCGACGGAAUACCUUAUACUUUAUCCUUUGCAGUCGGCUGAACGUAAAAUACAGUUCAAAAGAGAAUUACUAUUAUCCCUGUGAAAGCUUAAACUGCUACUGUUCAUGCUAUCGUAAACUUAUAUUAUUUUAGUUCAGCUGUGCCUGCUUACAAGGAAUUUAAUAAAAUUUCUAGUGGAAGAUAUGUAGUUUAAUACAAGUUAGGUAGAUAGCUUAAUAUGAAUUCAAAUUGAGGUUGAGGUGACUUAUCUUUUUAACUUUAAAAUAACAAUAACGAUAAUAUUUCGCUAUAAAGAACAAACCAGGUUAAGGGUUUUAAAUGUAGGUAUAUUAUGCUUUUGCUAAGCUGAAUGGUUUAGUCUAAAGUAAAGAAUUAAACUAUCAAUCGUUUUGAUAUUUAUUUAUGAUAAUAACUAUUAUAUAAUAUAAAAAUAACUACAUUCAACUUGUUACAAUAAAAAACUAAACAAAUGUUACUUUACAAUAAUUAAAUUAACACAAUGUGUUAUACAUAAUGUCACCUGAUUGUUAGGUAAUACGAUAAACGAAGUUCUGGACGUUAAAGUAAACCAGUCAAAAAUGUUAAAAGGCGAAUUGAUAAAUAAUCUGAUAUUCCUUAUCUUACACAUAGAUUAAACGAACUUACAUUUAACGAACGCAUUUCAUACUCAAAAUCCUACUUAGAUAUGAAAUAAUUUAUUAAUGC